UUUUUCACUGUUUCAUUAGUUCUGUUUAAUUGAUUGAAAACAUAUAAGGUUUGAGAUCAAUCUGAAACUAGCUUGAAGAGAAAGAUUAACUUUUAUGGCUGUUAUUGUUGCUCUUUUGAAACUGGUAUAUCUAGAUGAUUUCUGUGAUUAAAAUAGGUAAAAAUAAACUCGUUCUCUAGUUGCAUGAAUGCACAAAUUUAUCACGCCUGCAUCAGGAAGAUGGCCUGCAUGUCAACUGAAUCGUGUCCUAUGAAUGGUGGAAAUGGCCAGUAUAGUUACACUCGCAAUUCGUCUAUCCAGAGAUGGGGAGUCGAAGCAUCGAAGGCCUUGAUUGGUGAGGCAGUUUGGGAGAAACUUGAUACCAAUUUCUCGACCUUAUUCAAUAUUGCAGAUUUGGGGUGUUCUGUGGGACCGAAUACAUUUAUUGUGGUUGAAAAUAUUAUAGAAUCUGUAAAACUCAAGUACCCAUCCCCCAAUCCGAACUCAGAGGGCAUAGAAUUUCAGGUGUUCUUCAACGAUCUUGCCUCCAAUGAUUUCAACACACUUCACCGGUCUUUGCCUCGUGACAGGGAAUAUGCUGCAUCCAUUGUCCCAGGUUCUUUUCAUGGCCGCUUAUUUCCCAAAUCAUCCCUUCAUUUUAUUCACUCCUCAUAUACACUUCAUUGGCUCUCCAAGGUCCCAAAAGAGUUGCUAGACAAGAACUCUCCUGCAUGGAACAAGGGGAGGAUCUCCUAUGGGAGUGCUCCAAAUGAAGUUGUCCAGGCUUACUCAGAUCAAUUUGCCAAGGACAUGGGAUCCUUUCUGAAAGCUAGGGCACAAGAACUUGUCCAUGGAGGGCUCAUGGUGCUUAUCAUUCCAUGCCUCCCAGUUGAUACAUCACCUUCUGAAUGCCCCCUAAUUGCAGUUAUGGACCUGCUAGGAGACAGUCUCAUGGACAUGGCUAGAAUGGGAUUGAUCAGUGAAGCUAAAGUGGACUCCUUCAACUUCCCUAAAUACUACCCCACUCAACAUGAGUUAAAGACCCUCAUAGAGAGAAAUGGAUACUUCAGUAUUGACAGAACUGAACCUCUGGCUCAAUCCACGACUAAUGCAAGAGAUCUUAAUUUCCAAAUUUUUAUUUCCCACACAAGAGCUGCAUGGGAAGGAGUUAUCAAAAUGCACUUUGGAAGUGAUAUCAUUGACGGACUGUUUGAUCGGUUCAUGAAGAAAGUGUUGAAGUUCUCACCCUUAAUUUCAAGGCACAGCAGCAAGCAGAUCACCGAAAUAUUUGUCCUCCUCAAACGCAAAGCCAGUUGAUGAUAUUGAGACCUCGUUUUAAUUUGAAACAUUAUGGAAUAACUACUUAUGAUUUCAGUGCUUUGGAAUGCUAAUCUUGAGAUGUGUCAUCAAUAUCA